GGCGGAGCGAGCGGUGGAUGCGGAGCGGUGCGAGGUUGAGCAUUAAAUCCCGCUUUAAAGGGGCCGGCCCGCGGGCUGCAGGCUGGGGAGGCCUGACAGAGAUGCUGCCAAGUGCCGGUGUCUAUUACUUUCCAUGGGAGAUCAACAGCUCAGUCCCAGAAGGGGAGGCACUGAGAACAUUUGGCAGGUUAUGCUGCUAUGACCUGGCCCGGUCUGAAGCUGUUCUCACCGCUCACCACAGCUCAGCUCAGUACCAGGUUUGUGUCGACACCAAGUUUGUGGAGCCAUUUCAAGCCCAGGUGGGAUCUUGCUACAUGGUCCUGGGAGAGGCCGAACAUAGGGAAGGUGAGGGUCCCGUGGUAAAGGCACGAAUAUUGACCUGCGUGGAAGGGCUGAACAUGCCCUUGCUGGAACAAGCCAUACAGGAGCAGAGGAAAUACUUCAGCGAGAGGCAGGAGAAGAAGAUGGGAAAGAGCACGUCCUGACAGCAGCUCUGAGACCAGCCAUAUGCUGGUCCUUGCACUGCCAUUUGCAACAGCUGUGUUAAAAGUUAAUUUAGAAGGUGGGUUUGCAACAUACUGAGGUUUGCUGUGGUAAAUGGCAAAGUCAUGAUGAGGGAAACGCUUGAAGACUGUGUGAGUCAGUGUGUGCCUGUGGGUUGCCCGUUCAUGCAGGUGUCAUCACUAAAAAUAACCUCUGGGAAGUAGGUUAGUUUGUUUAAAAAGGGUGGUUAAGGAAAGGGAGCACUUGGGUUAUACUGGUCCUUUUGUAAUGCAAGGCUUGGAGAGGUCAGAAACAGGGUAAGUCUCUGAACCUGGAGUUAAGCAACUUACUCUCAAAGCUCAGCAGCGUAUGGGCUGUUGGCAGAUAGAGGGUGAAGGGCAUUAGCACAAAGUUCAUGAGCCCUGUGUGGCUGCAGGUCCAUGACUCCAUGUGUUUGGUUACCGUGACUCAGCUUCCAUACAGGAACAUUCCUGGCAAAACAUUCACAGAUCUGGGCUGACCAGCAAAGAAACAAGAAAAACAAAAGAGUUACUAUUUCCAGCAGCACUGCCUCCUCAGGUUUUCAGGAGCUGGUCUACAAGGGGGAGGGGUUAACUCUAAAUAUUUGCAAUGCCCUGAGAAUCACAACUUGACUUUCUUCCUUGACACAGCUAAGUUUAGGAGACCUUAAAUCAUU